AUGUUUGUCCUGAUCGGUACAGUUCUUUUCCAAAUCUUCAUCAACUGGAGAUUUGGUCCACUUCUUCGUUAUCUGCCAACAGGGCUAGGCAAUCACAAUGCGGAGGUACGAGACCAAGCCGAAGCAAUGGAAGAAGAUACCUUUUCCAUGUCUCACAAUGCACAUGAGACUUACAACAUCAAUGAUUCGACCUAUGGCCACUCAUCUGCUCAGGGAGAGCGACCCAUAACAGAAGACGCCGAACUACCUACUACACUACUAGAAGUGACGGCGUCACAGAAGGAGAAGCUCAUAGCUGCUGCAUUUGAUCACAUCGUCCUCAGUCAUCGGCAACUAAGAGUCUGGAUUCCACAAGAUAAACUUAACAUUAGUGUGGACGAGGUUCGGCAAACUAAACAGUUUGGAGAUGAGAUAUCUAUAUCCAGUGAAGGUGCUAGCCUAGAUGAUCAAGACCGUGUGGUGUACAAGAGAUAUCCGCCAGACUUUUUCUACCUAGCUCGGGUUAAGUUGUAA